AUGACUUACCAUGCCUUUGGAAUCAAGUUUUAUGUUAUGAAUGCUUUUGUUGACGAAUUCCAUCCGUUCAUAGAGGCACUCAUGCCUUUCGUAAAGUCCUUUUCAUACACCUGGUUCAAUUUGCAAGCGGCCAAGAGGAAAUAUUACAAAAAACACGAGAAACGGAUGAGUCUCGAAGAGGAGCGGCAUACUAAAUAUGAAUUACAGAAUGAGAAGGCAGAAGUCAAGCAAAAAUGGGCGUCGCGGCUAUUAGGCAAAUUAAGAAAAGAUAUCACACAAGACUGUCGGGAGGAUUUCGUGCUGAGCAUAACAGGGAAGCGACCUGCAGUCUGUGUCUUGUCCAAUCCUGACCAGAAGGGAAAAAUGAGGAGGAUAGACUGCUUGCGACAGGCUGAUAAGGUCUGGCGUCUGGAUCUAGUAAUGGUAAUCCUAUUCAAAGCAAUACCCCUGGAGAGCACGGACGGGGAACGCUUAGAGAAACAUCCAGAAUGCACGCAGCCGGGUCUCUGCGUCAACCCCUACCACAUCAACGUGUCAGUGAGGGAACUGGACCUGUACCUCGCCAACUUCAUCAACAGCUAUGGUAAUGGGAGCGACGGACUGCCAGAUAUCCUAAGCGGUUCGUUAUCUCCGAACCCGCCUAGAGACAAAGAGAACGAACACGAGGCAAAAAGCAAAGGCUACACGCACAAUCCGUACAAUGGUGUUAUAUGCAACGAUAUCAUUCUAGCGACUGGUGUCUUCUCUUCCAAGGAGCUAUGGAAGCUAUCGAAAGCUUCAAUCCUGCAAGAAACGGGUUCGGAAUCUCCAAGCGGGUCUGGCGGCGGGAUUAAACUGGAGUCCAGCUACUAUGGGUACAACAGCCCGGCGCCGCCCGCCUUCGAACCGCCCACGGAUCGUGGGACUCCAUCUACUAUGCUCGUCGGGCAAUGUUUUAGCAUCCCGCACAGUUCAGCAGGGUUGAGCGCUGCGCAGGCGCCGCUAGUUCCAUCUAACACCAUAUUUUACCAACAUGCGCCACCUCCCGCAGAUACACAUCCAACGUCAUCAGAAGGGCUCUCAAGUCAGCACUCGAGCAAGUAUGACGGGACGCCUCAAGAUUCUCUAGGGGACUUCGUCACUUUUGUAUGCCAAGAGCCACCUACAGAUGUUCAGCAGUUACAGGUGCACAGUCUGUCUAGGAGUCCAAAACCGCCAUACUUCAGCAGUUCAAUGUUACCACCACCACCGCUACCACCGAUGGCAAGACCGGUUGCUAUUAUUCGAUCUACUGCAAGCGAAGUCGGAGUUAGUGGUGUAGGUGUUGGAUCCCCUUCGUCCCCAGAGGUUCGAUCUCCAAAUGGGUCACCGAGACGCCGCAGUCCCCAUCCAUAUAGGGACUGUCACCCCCCAAUCUCACACUUCAACCACUUCCACUCGCAACCACAACAGGUGUUCAGCUACGGUUCUUUAGGUGGAGGGGCUGUCGUUUCUGGUGGAGGUGGUGGUUCACCUCCUGGAGGAUUGGGGUUGUACGGCCCUCGGCCCCCACCAAGAGCACCACCCAGAUGGAACGCGCCAUUUCCAACUUUAGAGGAAGAAUUCAAUAUAAUGACAGCACCAACUGGACCUGACCAUGUUGUCCUAUUGGAUGAUGAACGUUUUUUUCAAUCGAACGUGAUAACUUCGGACACAACAGCCAUGGACACGACUGGAACGAAUGUCCAGUCUGUAGUGGACACAGACGACAUCGCCCCAGAUAAACCGGCGCCGGAUCUUCGCUCGCCGUGA